AUGAUUAUCUUUAGCACAUCAUAAAAAACUAAAUAUUUACUUUUGAUAUUUGGUAAUCAUAAUGUUAUUACUAUUUUCGAUUAGGCAAACGGGCUUUAAAAUAAUUAAAAAAUCUCCUUCUUUUCAAAUAAUUCAAAAAUAUUUUCAAGUAUUUCUAAAUCAAAUUUUGUCAUUAUAAAUAAUUAAACAAUGAUUGGGUUUAAAUAUUAAGAAUAAUUAAAAGAAAGUUGGUUAUUUAGAGUAAGUUUAAAAGUUAUUGAUAUCUUUUAAAUUGGAGAUAAUCUAGCAAUCUAAUUAGAAUAAUGUAAAGAAAUUAAAAUUGAUUUGGAGAAUAUGAUUUAUUAGUAAAUAAACUAUUCAUCUCAAUAAAACUGUACAUAUUUGAUAGAUAAUAAGUUUUUUAUUGCAAUUUCCAAGAAUGAAAUAAAAAUUGAAAGCGCUACAUCAUUGAAGUUAACUUAUACAUUCAAUACUUUACUCUAACACAUCUAUUUUGUAGAUAUUGAAUAUUUGAUUCUCUUUGAAUUAUAAGGAACAUAAAUUAUUGCAAAGCUGUAUAAUCUUUCAUCAUAAAAAUUAAACUUUCUUUAUAAUUUACCUUUUUAUGAUUUUGAAAUUAUUCAACCAAUAUCAUAUAAAGUAGCUAAAACUUAUUUAGCAAUAAUUGUUAUAAAUUAAUAAAGUUAAUAUUUUUUAAUGGUGUACAAUAUCAAAUAAAUAGCAACUAAUUGCUUGAUUAAGGUUAUUGAAAUAGAUCCGAAUUAUCAUUAGUUUAAUUUUAUUGAUCAAUCUUAAAUCUACAUUUAAUUUAGAAAUUAAAUUACAGUUUAUUUUUUAUAAUGGGUCUUCUUAAAUUUAUCUAAUUUUUAAUUUGAUUCAAAUACUUAUUUCUACAAGUAAUUUGUUGUAGUUUAAAAAAAAUCUGAUUUUUUUUUGCAAAUCUAAAAUAUAACAGUUUAAUUGAUAUCUACUAAUGCCAAUUAUCAAUUACAAGUAAAAAAUUAAUCAAUUCCAGUAUAUUAUUCUAUUAAAUAACAAAAUAAGGAAAUUAUAUUAGAUAAUGUUUUUGGUAAUAUAGAUCAAAUAGAGUACAAAAAUAAAAAUGGAUAGACAAUAAAAUUAAAUCCAAUAAUUAUAGUAGAUCAAUAUUCUUGUUUGUAUCCAUUCUAUAAUUAAAUUUGCAUAUAAUAAAGUGAACAAAUAGUCUUGAAUUACUUUGAUAAACAAAAUUAAGUAGUUAUUAAUUUGCCAGAAAUAACAUUGUCAUAAUAUUAGUUUUUUAGAAAAGUUAAUAAUAAUUAUGAAUUAUUUUUGGUUUUUUCAAAUUCAGAGGGGAGAAAAUAUGUAAUUAAUCAGUUUGGGUAGAUUUUAAAUAAUAAAACAAUAAGUAUUCGAUAGGUAUUUCCAGACUUACUACUAUCUGAUACAUCUUUAACUGUUGUUGGAAAUUUUGGAAUACUUAAAUCUAAUGUUAGCACUUCAUUGAUUUUUUUAAUUUUAGAAAAUUCUUUAUAAUUAUUUUACGAACUUGGGGAGGGUAAUGAAGUAAAUGGCCAUUGUACUAUUAAAAUAUUAUACUAAAAAGACAGUUAUAUUAUAUUUAAUUCUCGUAAAUUUUAAAUGGAAACAUUUACAGUUUAUAUUCUGAACAAUUAGUUUUAUACAAUUAAAAAAAUUGAAAUUUCAUUAAAAUAUCUAAUUCCAGAAUAUGAUGUUAAAAUUUUAUCUUGUCUAAUUCAAAUAGAAAUUAUCGAGUAUGUAUUUUAAGAUUUUAUUUUUGAAGCAGAUUUAAUACUUUGUUUUGAAUAUCUUUUAUGCUAAAGGAUGCACCUUCAAAUUAACUUUAAUAAUGAAAAAUUAGAAUUCUAAGCUAUUUCUACAGUUAGAUAUCCAAAUCUUGAUUAUAAAAUCAAAGAGGUAAAUUUAUUAAGUUACAAGUAUUUAAUAAUUCAAUAUUAAGGUUCACAAAUAAUAUCCUAUUUUUAUAAUUUGAAUAAUAAAGAUGCAUAAAUUCUAGAUAGUUUUUAUUAAUAUGUGAAGAAUGUGGAAUUUCAAUUAUAUGACUAAUCAUAAUAAAUUGAAAUCACAAAAAAGGAAAAUUUUGUGGAAUUAAAAUUAAUUAAUAUUUAAGCUUACACUAUUUAAUGUCAAUAAUAAUGCUUGUAAGGUUCUGAGGAUAUUCUAAUUAGUAAUCAAGUAUCAAAAUUAUAAAUUACUUUAAAUCCUAAAAUCAAAGAGGAACAAAGUAUAAAACUUAAAUCUUUACUGAUUGUUUUGAAUUUUAUAAUUCUUAUAAUGUAUUUAAAAAUUAGAAUUACUAAGAAAGCCUCCAGAAACUAAUAUAAUAAAUGA